AUGCAAGAGUUGGAGGCGAGUCUCUUGCUCAAACUAGGAGACAGGAUUAAUGCCCGAAUAGAUGGACUGGAACCUCGGCUUAAUCCUGCGCCACUGCUUAGGCCUCCCCUGGCAGCGGACAAGGCGAGGAAAGGAAAGGAGAGGGCGGCAAGAAACCCACCUGUCCUACCGGCGGUUGUCACCCCCGUAGCUCCCGUGGUGACUGCCGUCGAUUCAAGACCUGAAAAGGUCACAAGGCGAGGAAAGGAGAAGAAGACGGACGGACCUUCUCGGCCACUCAACCCGGAUACUCUGGAGGAGAACUGGGUCACGGUGGCAAAGAAGACAAAGAAGAAGGAGGAUAGGACGCAGCCAAGAACGGGGCCGGCUCCAAAGCCGAAGAAGAGUCCCCAGGCUAAGUCGAAGCCGAAGCCGAAGCUUAGGAUGCCUCGGUCGUCGGCCGUUGUGAUCACCCUCACCGAUGAGGGCAAGGAGAAGAUGACCUACAGCAAGGUUCUGAUGAUCGCGAGGGCGAAGAUCAACCUGAAGGAGGUGGCGGACAUUGAUGCUAUCAAGUUCCGCAAGGCGGCAACGGGGGCCGCUGUCUUAGAGCUCCCUGGAGCAAGCAGUGGUCCCAAGGCCGACGCCCUAGCUGAAAAGCUUAGGGGCCCCUAUGGAAACAUAGGCAGGAGAGAGCCAAGAAGGCGAGACGCGCGAAAGCUGCGUGACGGCUGCCCUCGGCACGGGGCUGGGUUUUAA